AGGAGGUGUUUGAAGCAGCAUGUCAGCUCCUCCAAUGAUGUACACUGAGAUCACUCUGUGAUUUUAUUCGAUUUUUCGCCUCCUGAAAACUUAUAAAAAUGCACAUUUUAACUUUAAACAACGCCGGAGUUUUUUUCUCAGUCAAAGCUUUGGAGUCGAGUGUGGAUUUGUUCCAAGUUUUCCGACUGAACUGAUGAAAGCCUCCUCAGAGCCACGCUUUAUGGACUCGCGUAUUAGCUAAUGAUGUCUAUGGGUUUCAUGCCUGACUGUCUGAACGCCUCAGAUCCCUCCAAAUCGGCCUUUCUAGAGUUCGGCCACGGACAUCCGGCGCACCAGCAGCCCUCCCCCGGACUCUCCCACCUCUACCCCGUGCACGGCUUGCAUGCUGCCGGCCAUUCCCAGCAUGAGAGUCCCUUUUCUGGCAGCGCGUCCUAUGGCCGCUCUUUGGGCUACGCCUACCCCGGCGCGGUGAACGCUCACCCCCCGUCCGCUUACAUGUCCUACCAACACAGCAAUCACAGCAGCAGUAGCAGCCUGGCCCACAGAGGAGGGGAGCACACAGAUCGCGAGAAGUCCACCGUGAUCGAGAGCAGGGACCUGCGUCUGAAUGGCAAAGGGAAGAAGGUCCGGAAGCCUCGUACCAUCUACUCUAGUCUGCAGCUGCAGGCUCUGCACCAGCGCUUUCAGCAGACUCAGUACUUGGCCUUACCGGAGCGGGCGGACUUGGCGGCCAAACUGGGACUCACGCAGACUCAGGUGAAAAUAUGGUUUCAGAAUAAGCGCUCCAAGUACAAAAAGAUCAUGAAGCACGGCAGCGGAUCCGAAGGAGAACAUCUCCACAGCACGAGCUCCAUAUCCCCCUGCUCCCCAGGCCUCCCCCAGCUGUGGGAAGUCACCAAAGGCGCCCAAAUGCACCCAAACAACUACAUGAACACUUUCGGUCACUGGUAUCCAAACCACCACCACCAUCCUCACCAGGACGCGGCGCCCAGGCCUCAGAUGAUGUGAGUGGAUUGUUCUUUUCGGUCGCGUGCAGGAGGAUGGGAGGCGCACGUGGUGGCUUUAUUUCUCAGAACUGUUUUAAAGUGUGUGACAUUGAACUUUCAUGUGUUUGGGAUUCAAACCCGCGCAGGGAUGAAAUCUAUUUUUACUUUGUCCGAAUGCCACUGCAGCACGAGGCUCUGUGUGCGGUUUACCUGAGAAGACUCGGGACAAAGGCGGCUAUUGAUAAAGUGGCUCAGCUUUGUUAGCUUUGGCCACCGUGAGCAUUACGGAAAUAAAUAGUUGGAUUAUGAUCAAGUCUUGUGUGGGAUGUUUUCGCUUUCAAAUGAUUUAAACGACAAAAGAAAGACUGAGAGAUUUUACUCCCAUUACUGUUUAUUUA